UUUCUGCACACCUCUGAUCGGUGGCGAGCGAGUCGGCUCCUAUCUGAGACUUGAGCUCUACCUCAGCGAGAGAAGCGAGUGUUAUGGAUGAACAGCGGCGACCCUGCUCUGGUAUUAUAAUGUCCCUGACAACACUUCUGGUGAUCUUACUGAGUCUUUCGGAAGUUACAGGAAAUCCCUGCAGAAGCCCAUCACCUGUACUGAGCAAUGUGCAUUUCUGGUCAGUCAAUCUGCAGAACAUUGUGCUCUGGGAGCUGCCUAGAGAGAAAGGAUGCAAGAUGUCGUUCAGUGUACAGUAUAAAAUAUAUGGAGAAAAGGAUUGGAAGAACAAAAAAGAAUGCCAGAACAUUACCAGAGCAUACUGUGAUCUUUCAAAUGAGACAGCUGACAGUGAAGAAUAUUACUAUGCCAGAGUAAGAGCUAUUUCAGGAGCAGGAUCUUCAGAUUGGAAAAAAAGUCAAAGAUUCAAUCCUAAAGUGGAAACAACCAUCACUUCCCCAAACGUAGAAGUAAAAGCCGGGGUCUGUUCCAUCUCCAUUACAUUGAUGGCUCCCCAAAAGUGGAAGGCAAACAAUGAGGCUCAAGCUAUUUCACUGGCUAAAAUCUUUCAUGACUUAAAAUACAAUUUGACUGUUACUAAUAGAAAGACAAAUAAGUCGCUCAUUUUCCUUGAAGAUGAUAACUUUAAAAAAGUGGAUACUCUGGAGCAUGAUACCACAUACUGUGUGACAGCUCAAACAGUGGAAUUUUCCUUUCAUAGAAUAAGUGAACCAUCUGAAACUGUUUGUGCGACAACACCAAAAGAUCCUGUGAAACAACUGAUCAAAAUGAUCCUGCUUGGAUGUGUUCUGCCGGUCUUUGUUUUCAUUUUUUUGUUCACGUUGUUGGGCUGUUUCAUGUACAAAUAUGUGUACAGCAGUGAGCAGAAGCAACCUGUAAAUCUGCUACUACAGUAUCGGCCAUCAAAGGCAUUCAUAUUUAUCCCACCUGAGCCUUUGAAAGUUAAUGUUAUGGUUUUGGAAAACACAGGUAAAAAAGCAUUGUCAAAUGGUUGUGUAGAUGCUGACGAUGGUAAUGCUCUUUUAACCUCCCUAGUCAGCAGCAAGUCUGCCAAUGAAUGGAAAGGUCUACCAUUGUCAAUAAGCAGCAGCGAAGUUGUAUACAAGUCUCAGAAUAUGGAAAAGCCAACAACAAAAGAGUGUGCAAGUAGCAGCAAGAAUGUUGUGCAAGCAUCCUAUGAACCCCAACAAGAUAAUCAUGGAGUUCAAUCCCAUCCCUCAAGUGGAACGAAGACACCAAGUGAUGUUCAGUAUGGAAUCAUUGUAAUGGACAAUAUGAUUCAGCCUCAGCGGCAACGAAACAUCCAUCUUCCAAGUGAAAAGUCUACAGAACUUCUAAAAAUUGGGUACAAAUCCCAACUCCCAACACAGCCGCUGAACAGAAAUGCUACACAACACAGUGUUGCUUAUAGCUUUGUUGAAACAGAUACUACGCAUGGCCCAUAUUGUAAGCAAUUUUUCAACAGUCUAAAUGGGGAGUUUGAUGAACAACGACAGACUAUCUACACACACUGUCCAGACGCAAGUGGCAUGAACACACAAACUAUAGUGAAUGAUACCAACUGCACCAGAGUUGGGCUAUAUGAACCGCAAAGUGAAAUGCUUUACCUGCCAAUGAUGCAUCAGGAACUAGAACAGUGUAAUUAUAAGUCACAAUUUCUACCACAGCUACUAACUGGAAAGACCAUACUGGGUGAUGAUGACCAUUGUUCUGGUAUAAUGCUUAAUAACUUCUACUUACUGCAUGAUGAACAAUGUGAUGAAGGUGAGGAGCCAGAUGCAACAAUAUUGCAUUGGGACAUCAAUACUGGAAGAUUACCAGAUUCAGAGAACAAUAGUUUUCUGACACAAGCUGCAGGGCCAGAGACCAAUCUCCUCUCUUCACUGUAUACCAAAAAUCUUUCAGAUGAGUCAAUAAUGGCUGAAGAAGAUAACUGCAUAUCACAGUUCCAAAAACACUGGAGACUGCAUGUACAAACAUAGCAAACAAUAAUCCUUUAUCACUGGAAACAUAUGCCAUGUGUAUCUUCUUUAAGAUGUACAACCUGGGUGGUUCCAUUUCUGCACUUUUUUGUGCUCUCUCACAUCAGGCCAUGUAGCUGUUCAGGCUGAGAAAUUAGACAGGUAGCCUGUGCUUUGGCAUCUUCCUAAGCCUCCCAAUAGGUGAAUAUGUGGAUGCAUCCUAGUCGACAUCAAAACUCAACAAGUUGGAGGAUCAACUGACAACACUGUUACCUGAGUCCUCCCUCAAAUUGCCCCUGAAAACCUAUUAUUUCACCAGUUAUCUGUCCGAAUAUCUUCUUUGUGGUUUUGCAUAGAAUUUUUGUUUUUAAUAAUGCUCUGGUGAAGUGAUUUCAGAACUUUUACUAUGUUAAAGCUGCUGUAUAAAUAUAAGCUGACAACAGACAUGCAACAUAAACAGUCAAAACAUGAUCACCAUUAUUUUGCAGAGAUUAUUAGAACUAUUUUUCAUAAACUCCUUAACUUUAUGAGUUAAUUUGCAUAUUUUAAAAUUAAUUUAGAAACAUUUUUCCCUAAUGUUUCCAAAGUAGCUUUAGCCCAGAUGCAAUGAAAAUUUAGGUAUCCAUUACCCCUUGUCUUGCUGUCAUUGUCUGAAAUAGCAGCUUCAGCAGUGGAGUGACUGGGUGUCACCAGCAAAUUUGAAGUAACUGCAGCACCUACCUCCAUGUAUGUAUGUGCACACAUAAUCCAAUGCAAAGGACCAUAAUUGGCAAUACCAGGUUAACCCUAAGUCUGAGUUCUGUAGCUGGCCUAUGUACAUGGCAAAACCAUGCAGUUCACUGGAAUCAGAAAAUUACCAAGCAGAAAGUCAGCCAAAACAGCCUAUUUUGUGUUCAAUUAGUAUUAAUGUGACAUAAAGAAUUGAAUAAGCAAGAAAAAUUAAUUCAGUGAGACAUAUGAAAUAGCAUGCUGGCAAAUAUGAUUUGAUCUAUUGCCCAUUCACCUCUGGACUUAAAUUCCAAUGCAAAACUGAAUUUCUGAAUUUAUUGAGUGUAAUGUUUAGAAUCAUGUCGUUCAAAGUCAUUGGUGCACAACUCCCCAGUAUGAAAUGGUCAGUAACUUGAUUACUUUACUUGGAAAAUCCGUACGUUGAUUACAAAUCUAGUUGCCAUUCUAAAAUUGUAAGACUAUUGGGUGUUGUAUAUCUUUCUGUCCUUUACCUGCUGGUCACUGAUCAGUGCUGAGUGUGGGAGUGAUUGAUAAAAGUGAAAAAAUAUUCAACACAAUGAAUACCAAAAUUCAAGCCGAAGUAAUUUCGAUUAUAUAUUGCUUGUAACAUCUCAGCAUGUCUCAAGGCACUUUACUACCAAUGAAAUACUUUUGAAUGUAUGGUAACAUAGGAAAUGUGACAGUUAAUUUGUGCACAGCAAGUUCCCGCAACAAAUGUGAUAAUAACCAGAUUUUUUUUAUUGUUUGGGUGUGUCAUAGUCUUACACCAUUGACUUACUCUGUAACUGGGCUAAACUGUUCCCUAUACUCCAAACAGGCAUUAAAGGUUGAUGUGAACUCCUCUUUCUAACUCAAAAGGUAAACAUCAAUUCAGGCCAAAAAGUGAGGACGUAAUAUGAUCUUUACGGGAGAACUAGCAAUAUGGCAAAGGGUGAUGUUCAGAAGAGAACAAAAGUAAAAGUUGCUGGUAAAACUCAGCAGGUCUGGCUGCAGCUAUGGAGAGAAAGCAGAGUUAACAUUUUGAGUCCAGUGACCCUUCUUCAGAGCUGAUAGUAGCUAGAAAAAGGAGUCACUUAUGCUGA